AUAAAUUAAUCGUCGCGCCCGUCUCUACCAAAGAUGCCGCAGAGGCUUUCGUGGUCUCGGUUACCGCUUCCGCUCGCCCUUGCCGCCGCUCCGCUGCUCUCCAGUACCUGCAGCAACACGCCAAGCCUCGACAUCGAUUUAGGAAGUAAUUGGGCGAGGGAGAGAAAAAUGUUACUUGAACUUUGGUGGAUGCUUGAGGAUGGCAAGGGGCUUUCAGUAUACUCGGUUUCAUCGAACACGUCUCAACGUCCGGCCUAAUCGUCAAAACACCUCCCGCUUCUACUACUGGUUGCGAUACAGCACCCGCGAGCCCACCUGCAUACACACAGACGCCCACGCGUACGGAACCAAUACGAUCGACCAUGAUGCGUCC